UGUACAUAGUGGUUACUCUCUCAACUUUCUUUUAGAGAGAGAGAGUCAAAGUUCUCAGGGAAAUCAUCAUCUUCCACCUCUCGACCAUCUCUUUUCUUCGAACCCUCUUUUCUAAGGGGACCACUUUUGAUCGAUUCCGAGUCAGUUAUUGCCUUCUUAUUCUCUUCUCACUAUUUGUUUCUUUCAAUUAAUUUUUACAGUCUUUGUGGCCUUCAAUCUCUAUUUUAUAUGUGUGUGUCUAUAUAUAUAUAUAUAUAUAUAUAUAUAUAUAUAAAGUAUCAGAACCUAAAUUCCCUAUAUUUGAACGUGUUUAUGGUGAUUGACUACAAUUUUCUGACAACCCAGGUUUUUAUGGGUUGAACUUUAGGAAUGAUGACUACUUACCGUGAAGCGGAAGAAGGUCAAUUCUUCGAUGCACGGAGUGAGAUCACUUCCGUUUCUGAUCUUGGCUCAGAUUGCUUUGAGGGUUGUUCUAAUUCCGGGCUUAUCAAUUGUGCUUCAGAUGAACUAGGGUAUGAUUUUUGGACUAAGAACCCAGAAAGUGUUCAUGAGCGUCGUGAUAGGUUCCUGAAAUGGAUGGGUUUAAGUUCUGAUUGGAACCCAAUUGAAAGAGAGGAUUCAAGAGAUAUGCCGUGGGAUGAAAUCAAAGUGGGGAUGGACAGAAUUACUGAAAAUAGUGGUGCGGUGUUAAGAAAUGCAGUUUUGGAAGAACAAUUCAUUUGUAGUUUGUCUUCUGCAUCUUACCAGCCAAAAGAAGCUACAGAAUUGGUAGAAGAUGAUGCUUCUGAACAGAAUUUUGUGUCUAGAAUUACCAAUUUGGAUGAUGGGAUAGAGUUUUCCACGAAUGAAGUCAGCCGUGAUGGAACUCUUAGCAGAUUACAGGAAUCAGGCUCAAACCGAUCGGUUACUGUUGGAGAAUGUCAGAGAACCCUUGGCUCAUCUUCUUUUGCACCUCACAUUUUGCAGAAAGAAGUUGGGGCUGCUAAUGUGGCAGAUUCAAAGAAGAAAGUGAAGAGGGGUUGGCUUAGGAAAUUAGGUGUUCUAGCACAUAUUAUGGACAGGCAAGGGAAAGCUAGUUUGAAGCCGAGUGGUUACAAUAGGGAGGUGGGAGCUAAGAUUCAAAGAGUUCGGGUUCAUUCACAUAGGAAGAGGUCAAAGGAAUUGUCCUCUCUUUACGCAGCGCAAGAAUUUCGAGCACAUGAGGGCUCAAUCUUGACAAUGAAGUUCAGUCCUGAUGGCAAGUACUUGGCAAGUGCGGGUGAAGAUGGUGUCGUGCGUAUAUGGAAUGUGAUCGAGGAUGAGGGACCAAACAAAUUUGACAUUCAAGAUACUGAUCCUUCAAGUUCAUACUUCUCAGUGAAUCAUCUGUCCAAACUACCUCCUCUUGAUGUGGAUAAAGAAAAAAUUGGAAAGAUGAAAAAGUUGAGAAAAUCAUCUGAAUCAGCUUGUGUUAUUUUCCCGCCAAAGGUCUUCCAGUUGUUGGAGAAACCUCUACAUGAGUUCCAUGGACACAGUGGCAAGGUCUUGGCUCUCUCUUGGUCCAAGAAAGGGUUUCUGCUGUCUUCCUCUGUUGAUAAAACGGUUCGCUUGUGGCAAGUAGGACGUGACCAAUGCCUCAGAGUUUUUUCUCAUAAUAACUAUGUAACCUGCGUAGAAUUCAAUCCCUUGGAUGAUAAUUAUUUCAUCAGCGGUUCAAUAGAUGGAAAAGUACGCAUCUGGGAAGUGCGUCGUUGUCAAGUUGUUGAUUGGACUGAUAUAAGAGAAAUAGUGACUGCUGUGUGUUAUUUCCCUAAUGGGAAGGGAGGAAUAGUAGGCUCCAUGGAUGGACUCUGCCGUUUUUAUGAUAUCAUAGAUAAACGUCUGCAACUGGAUGCUCAAAUUUAUUUACAAGGGAAAAAGAAGUUAUCAGGCAAGAGCAUAACUGGCUUUCAGUUUUCCCCAAGUGACCCAAGCAAAGUAAUGGUCACUUCUGCUGAUUCUCAAGUUCGAAUACUUUGUGGGGUCAACGUCAUCUUCAAAUUCAAGGGCAUUCGAAAUUCUGGAAGCCAAGUACCUGCAUCAUUUACUUCAGAUGGUAAACACAUCAUCUGUGCAAGUGAGGAUUCAAAUGUCUAUAUUUGGAACUAUAUCAGCCAGGAGAGGACUUCUUCCAGAUCAAAGACCAUUUCGUCUUAUGAGAGUUUCUUGUCAAGCAACAUUUCGAUUGCUUUACCCUGGGGUGGCAUGGAAACCAUAUCAGAAUUACCUACAACCCCAACCUCUGUGGGGGAUGAUCUGCUAGGAAGUAUCUUGAGAAAAGGGAAGUGUGGUGAGGACUCGACCCACAGAAUGCCUAUAUCUUCCCCUGAUUGUUUUCACUUGAGCCGGGGGUUUUUCUCGGAGUCUUUACUAAAGGGAUCUGCAACUUGGCCAGAGGAAAAACUAACAGAGUCAAGUCCAGUACCAGUUUCACCCAUAAUGUGUAAAUCUGAAUACAAACUUUUGAAGAGUGCUUUCCAGAACACAUCUGGUUCUCCUCAUAUGUGGGGUCAAGUGAUUGUAGCAGCAAGCUGGGAUGGACGGAUUAGAACGUAUUACAAUUAUGGGUUACCCAUUCGUCAUUGAAAUCCCAGGGUUCAGGAUUUCAGCUGUUUUUUUUAUUUUUUUGUUGGGCAUUUUGAAGUGAGCAGCAACCCACUAUUGUAGUGACUGUUGUUUCAUAGAUAAUCUCAGCGCAAUGUAGAUGACAGGGAGAAAAGGGGGUUGUAUAGUUUUAGGCCCUUUAUCGACAAGGUGUACUAUAAUCAAUUAGCUUAUAUGCCAUACUACCAGCUGAAGUGGCAUCAUAUUUUUGGUUCAUCUGCAACCGGCCGGACGUCAAAAGAGUGUCUGGAAUUCAUUUUGUAUUGGAUAUUAUUCAGGUUAAUUAUAAUAGUAAUUCUUUGAUUAUUAUUUUUUA